UUUCCUACUAAAGAGCAAUGCUCUAUGUCUAGCAGUAGCCUGUACCAAAAACUGGAUCUAAGAGCUUCAACAGACACGGACAUGUCAGCUGAAAGACGUAGACAGUUGAAGCUGAGCUUCACGCCUGGUAACUUCACGAUUGGAGGCAGCGGUGGUACUACUUCGUAUCAGCCUCCAGUAUGUCGACAGUCACAACCUUCCUCCAACUCAACUCACGAUGAGCAGCUCAACUCAAGCCCAGUUCGGAUAAGGACAGGGUGCCCACCUCGUAUCCGUCCGUUCAACCAGGAUUUUGUACCCGACAGAUCACGAGACAGGUUACGAAUGUGUCAGAGCAUCCAGUCCACAGGCAAGUUACAGGUAUCACCAGAAUUGGUUUACGACUUCACGUCAGAUGACCUUCAAGACUUGGGUGAGAUAGGAAGAGGAGCUUUUGGAACUGUUAACAAGAUGGUACAUAGGCGGAGCAGUACAGUUAUGGCUGUCAAGAGGAUUCGAUCAACAGUUGACGAGAAAGAACAGAAGCAGCUAUUGAUGGACUUGGAGGUUGUAAUGAAAUCAAAUGAGUGUCCUUGUAUUGUCCAGUUUUAUGGUGCUCUCUUCAAGGAGGGAGACUGUUGGAUAUGUAUGGAACUUAUGGAUACAUCCUUAGAUAAAUUUUAUAAGUUUAUCUACGAGAAAUUACAAAAGAGGAUACCUGAAAGUAUAUUAGGAAAAAUUACAGUAGCCACUGUGAAGGCUUUGAAUUAUUUGAAAGAAGAACUGAAGAUCAUUCAUCGAGAUGUGAAACCAAGCAACAUUCUGCUAGACAAACGAGGCAACAUUAAGCUGUGCGACUUCGGUAUCUCUGGCCAGCUAGUGGAUAGCAUAGCUCGCACACGUGACGCGGGCUGCCGUCCUUACAUGGCCCCUGAAAGGAUAGACCCACAGCGAGCGCGUGGUUAUGAUGUUCGAUCUGACGUGUGGUCGCUGGGUAUCACCCUGAUGGAAGUGGCAACGGGAUACUUCCCAUACCCAAAGUGGAACUCAGUAUUUGAGCAGCUUUGUCAAGUUGUGCAGGGAGAUCCUCCACGACUUUCCCCAAACGAGAACGGAAAUCGUUUCAGUACUGAAUUUGUUAACUUUGUGAAUACUUGCCUGAUCAAGGAGGAAACCCAGAGACCAAAGUACAACAAACUGCUGGAGGACAAAUUUAUCCGUUCAAGCGACGAGGCAAACGUGGAUGUGGCCCAGUAUGUGAGUGAAGUCCUGGAUGCAAUGGCCAAUAAUGGAGCUACAGCAUUCACCAUGAACCAACCUUGAUGACACUUGUCUACAUUCAUUAACAUCAAGAUUUGGUGGAAUCAUUACCCACAACCCACCUGCUUCCCAUCCAUACAGAACAGGUUAGAACAUCAUGAGAGUGGCCACAUACCAUAAAAACUUGGUCUGUUCAUGGUAUAGCAGGAGUGUCUUCUCUCAGUUCAGCUAUAUAGAAAUGUUUUGUUUAUAAAGUUAACCAAAACAUUUCCAUGAAGAAGAUGGUGAUACAUGGGCACUAGUCAGCACAGACGAUCAGCAUGCAGUAUUUUGUACAUUUUCUUACCAAUUGUUUUUCUUGACUGAUAACUGUAGAGUUUGUUGGCUUGUUUCCAUUCAUUUAAUGAAGUGGUCUUGCAUUUUUGAAAGCCUGGUGUUGUGAAAAGAGGUAAAUCUUGAAUCGUCUGUUGUGACUUGUAUCCGUAUGUGAUUAGCUUGAUUAGUCACUUCAAUAACCAGACGCUCAGAUAUUACCUUUUAAGUAGACUACACCACUGUACCUUCAGUUCCUAUAACUCAUGAUCACUUGUUGUCAGUCAUUGCCAGUGUUCAUUCCACAGGGACAUACUGCAUCAUUAUUGAAAAUGGAAAUACAAGUUUUCCGUUCUCUUGUUUUUGUAUUAAACUGAAGGAACCCAAGAUUUGAAGAUUGCUUACAGCUCUCCAAUAUCUGUUAAGUCUUACUGAACAAACAGCACGAGUAUUGUGAGACUCUGUCACCGGACCUUUGUUAACAUUGCAGCAAGUACACUGUGAUUUCUUGUGCUGUUAAAGAACCAUUAAUAUUGAACACACUGGUCACACCUAGGACCAAGGAUAAAGUUCACAGUUGUCAGUAUACAAAUCAAAUUCUACUUCUUGACUGAAAAUAUAAGGAAAUCAUUUUUCUUUUUUUCUUCUUCUUUUUUGUGCCAGCAUAUAUGAGUUUUGGACAGAACAUUUGGAAGUUACAUAUGAAUGGAAAAUUGAAUAUUAGUGGUGCAUUUUAUCUUUGUCCCAUACUUCUUUAUGUAGUGAACAUAUUUUUAAUAAUUAUUGUAUUAUUU